CAGCCCAUAGACCUCCCAUCCAUCACGCCAACGGGCGCUCUCAGGUGUGGUGACGAUGACAACGCGGAAGUGUGUUGUCAACAGCGCAGGGAACCGCUGAAGUCAACUGUCCUCACUCCGACACGAUGUCCAACAACGAGGAUGUCCGAUACUGUCAGACAUGCUCCUACAUUUUCCUCAAAUUCAUCCUGUUCUCCUAUGCGAUCGUAUGGUGGUUCACAGGCGGCUUUAUCCUGGCCAUUGGCAUCUACGCUGAGGUGGAGAGACAACGCUACAAGACAAUGGACGGAGUGUUUUUGGCCCCGGCUGUAAUCCUGAUCCUUCUGGGAAUCAUCAUGUUUAUUGUUUCAUUCAUUGGUGUCUUAGGUUCACUGCGGGAUAAUAUAACCCUACUGAAAGUGUUCAUGUACACCCUGUCUGUGUGUCUGAUCCUGGAGCUGCUGGGAGGAAUAUUGGCGCUGCUGUUCCGCAACCAGACCGUGGAGUUACUGAACAAGAACAUCCGAAGAGGCAUAGUGAACUACUAUGAUGACUUGGACUUCAAAAACAUCAUGGACUUUGUACAGAAGAAGUUUACGUGUUGUGGAGGUCAAGAGUAUACAGACUGGGAGGUCAACAUGUACCACAACUGUUCUGCACCUGGUCCGUUGGCCUGCGGUGUCCCUUAUACCUGCUGCAUUACUACUAAGCCUAAUGAAGUGGCCAACACUAUGUGUGGAUACAAGGUGAUGGAAAGAGAGCGUUUGGACUUGAUCUCAACGAUCCAUAUCAGAGGCUGCACUGAUGCUUUCUUCAUCUGGCUGAUGGACAACUAUAAGAUUAUGGCUGGACUGCUAUUAGGGAUCCUACUGCCUCAGUUCUUUGGUGUGAUAGUCAGCUGGCUGUACAUCACUCGUGUUGAAGACCACAUCACUGAGUAUGGUCAUUACACAGAUGGACUACUGGACUCAAACACAAAUGAAAGAGAAGCCAAGAGGCACGGCCGCGUGACCAAAUGGUUUAAGUGUAUGCCAGAGAUCGACUGAUGGAGACAGAGAACAAAAAGCAGCAAAUUGGAGUCCAGUCAACACUGUAGUUUAAAUCACUCCAUUUGAUCCAGAUAUUGCUGCAGUCACUGUGGGAGCCUGACUUUGAACUGCAGGUUUACUAUAUGCUCACUCCUCUGGGGGAAAAAAUGUGUUGAUGUUUUUUGUUUUUUGUUUUUUUGGGGGGGGGGGGUUGAGUCCACCGUGUUAUUAACUAUUAAUUGCUGUGUUAACAUAAUAAUAAAUAAUAGCUCAUUUAGAUAUGUGCUUUUAGCUGCAUUGUGCCUCAGUCUCAGGGAUAAACACAGAAACCAGUACAACUACUUUUGCUUCUGGUGUUAUAAUAUGACAUGAAAUUAGUUACAUCACACAACCACAAUCUACAGCACUGACUUUGUUCUUACCUUUAUACCUGUGUUCAUUGUUUGUUUUUGCUGCCAAUUAAAACAUUACCUGACUCCUCUAUACAACCACUGAUGAAGCGGGUCCUAUCAUUCAAUCACUACUGUUGCCAAAAGAAGAUUAUGUUGGCACUGUUUCUGUUAUGUGGAAGCAGGACAUGCUUGCCUUAUUUAUACAUAGAGCUGGAAAUACUCAGAAGUUUGUGACUAAAAAUGAAUUAUUUUGAAAUUUGAACCUGUAGAGUGAGUAUUUAUACACCCUUCAUCUUGUGACCAUGACCAAGUGCUCAUUGAACCCUCAUGAUGUGUCCAGCACAAUAGGUGUUGUUUAUAAUGCUCAGAUUUAUUACAGAUAUUUUCUUCAUCAAAAUCUUAACUUUGACUCCUUGUUUGAACACAAAUCUACUGUUUGUUUGUUUUUUUAAUAAAUACAUUUUCCGUUGAACUUAUCAGUUUUAUGUUGAUUUCAAAGAUGAAUGCUAAUGCAGUGCCACUGCCAUAACAAGAGAAUAUCUCAGGGUUAUUAAGAAUAGUUACCGUGUCCCCUCGAAAUUAUGUGUAUGUACUACUAAUUUGCACCAGCAAAUCAAUCUGUGAGACAUGCAGUUCCACUUGAAUUAGGUUUUUUAUCAACAUGACGAAAUGUUUUUAAGGAAUCUGCUAAGUCGCAAAAUGCUCACACAGAGCACACCUAAAGUUACAAAACCUUGUGACUUGAAGCACAAGCUAUGACAUGUUUACUUUAUUAACAUUUAACCAAAACCACUAAUUUUUCUUAGUGUUGUUGCCUUGACCUAACCACACAGAGGACGCUGGAUCCAAACCCCAGUCUCCGCUGUCAAAUUUCUGUGCUUUUGGAUGCCCUCUAUCCAACCAGGCCACCUCCCUACAGCUUGUCUUACUACACUUGAAAAAAUGUUGCUACUGAACAUAAACCAGGCAGCAAUUACAUUUGCCUCAAAACAGAUUUGGCAAAAUGAAUUAGAAGUGUAAUUUCUAGGAGACAGGAAUGCUCUAAGCCAAUUUUAUCUACAGUACAUCUAGCCUAUGUCUACAAGCAAUCCAGUGUGGUUUUAAGUUUUACAGACAUGCACUUGUCAUGACAUAAGUGAAUAAUGUGAAUUUAAUGUGCUACUGAAAUUUGGUUCAAUGUGAAGUUGGAAACUGAGACCAAAUACCUAAUUUUUGUUGAAGUUGAUUGUUUUUUUUAUUCAUAUCUCCCCUGCCUUUGUGUCACACUACAUUCUUAAUGAUAUGUAUACUAAUAUUGUAGUACACUGUACCUUACUGUACUUAUAUCACUGCUAAAACAUGUUUGCAAGGCCAAACAAGGUUUACAUGUUAGCCUUGUUUGCACUGGAGCGUUAAAUAGAGAUUGCCAGGACUUUAUCCUCAUUAGCAUGGCCACAUAUCAGGGCUUAAUAUAUAAUAAUGCAGAUUAAAUUAAUUCCACUCAUGAUCAGCUGGCUGCAGAAAAAGAGUACAUUUAAUUUUAACGUUACUAACAUGUUGGGUUGUCUGAUUCGUUUUGUCAGGCCUUGAUUAGAAAAGUUUGUUUUCGUGUUUCAGCUCGGUCACUACUUGACUGUAACUUGUUAAGCUAAUGGCUGGUGGGUUGAAGGUAAAAGUUAUGUGUAUAUAAUCUAUUGGUUGAGGGUUUAUUUAAUAUGUGCCACAGUACCUACUUCUUACAGUAUAGUUGUAUUCACAUAGCAUCUGAUUUUCAGGAAACGCGUCAGAUUCAACAUACUGUAACAUACGGCAGCUUCUCGCUGGUUAAACAGCAGUGAGAAGAAAAAGUUGUAUGUUUUAUGAUGUAAUGGAUUUUAGAAGUAAAGACUUUAUUUUUUUGUUUGCACUCAGGUCACUUCAUUUGUCUGCCUCAUUAAACCAGACUUAUUAAAUGAUGAUGAGUUAAAAGGACCAUCUUGGCUAAUUAAGGAGACUUAACACAUUUAGCAGCCUCACUGGUCAAUCCAGGUUAUCAGGGGAAUUGGCAGUAUAAAACUAUUUAAGCAAUUUUUACUUUUUAAAUUCUUAAACUAAAAAUGCAAUGACCUUUUUAGUAGUCUGUAGUGUGUUUUGUCAUUCAUGUUUGUGAAGUCUAAACAUACUGUAUAAUACUUAAAGCCAAAGAAAGUCCGUACUUGCUACCUUUAAUGUGUACAGCAUGGAGGAUGUAGGAAGACUAUUUUUCUUGUUUAUGUAACUAUCAUCACUAAAGUCUACUAUCACAGUACUUACACAUCACAGUCAAACUGCCAAUGUCUCCUGAAAGGAAUAAGAUGAUACAUAGAUGUAAAUACAAAGGUAUGUUUUUAGUUGCUAGGACAUUCAGCUCACCUCGCCCUACAGUAUGUAUACCAUGUAAUGUGUUUAAAUCAUUUGUCGUGCUAUACACAACGAAUGCGCACAUUCAAUAUGUGGGUGGCCUCACUGGGAAUUGCAUCAUCCAUCUUUAAAAGUCAGGGUCAUGGUCAGUUCAUUUAAUUGCACAAAACCACACUUAUUGAAAGAAGUAUGUUGUCAAAUAGUUUUGCCUGAUUGAGGGUGGAUAAUAAAAUGAUUUACUGCUGUUCGAUGA